AUGGCCAGAGAAGGUCGUAAAAGGAAAUUGUUAAAUUUGAGCCCGGAGCUCCCAACCGAAAUCAUAUUCUCCCAUAUACUCCCACGGCUACCACCAAAGGAUCUGAUGAUGCAGUGCAGGUGCCAUUCCUCUAAUAAUAAUAAUAACAGGGUUCUAAUUCCAACACCCGUCGCCGAACUUUCAUACCUGAGUCGAUUUGAAGCUCUUCAACUUUAUAGAUAUGAUGGAGUGCAAAGCGUCCAUGGCUUGGUUUGUGCAUCCUCUAGUUAUGGUGGCCCAGUUUUCAUACUUAACCCUACCACUAGAGAGUCCAUUCAACUUCCCCAUGUCAAGCACAAUGCAGUAGUAGUUUAUCACUUUGGCUUCAGUCCACUUACCAAUGAGUAUAAGGUUCUCCAGCUCAUCAACUUUCGAAAAUCAAAUUUUCCGUUCAACGCAUUCACGCUAGGUCAGGAUUCUUCGUGGAGGCCAUUGCAGGUAGACCCUGCAGCGGGCAACGUUGACCUUCCUUUUAAAAUAUGGGAUGUGGCCGCAAUUACUGACAGUGUGUGCAUCAAUGGGGCCAUACACUGGAUCGAUAAGAGAGAAAAAGACAUUCUGGUAUUUGACGUUGAGAAGGAGAGCUUCAGCGUGGUGCCACUACCUGAAGAUUGUGCUCAAGGGUUUGUUGACUAUAAUGAAAAUUUUCCAAGCAUAAUUGAGGUGGGAGGAUGUGUGGCUGUGGAUAUUGCGAACCGGUGGGAAUAUGACAGGAUAAUUUUAUGGAUUUUGAAAGACUACCAAAACCUGGUGUGGGUUAAGGAGACUAUUACUUUUAGUGAGAUGCCGGAAAAAACAAUUUGCAGUGAAGUUUUGGGCACAAUCCACACAGGUGAGCUAGCGAUAAUGAUGGAAGUUGUCGACUCUCCACUCCAAUUAUAUCUUUAUAAUAUGAAGAGCAAACGACAUAGAAUAUUUGAUUUUGUUUGGCCUGGGUUUAAGGCAGAACCCUACGGAAGACCAUUACUUCAGUUACUUUAUAGCGAUAGCAUUGUCCCCUUAAAAUGAGAUGGAUAGAUAUAUAAUAUACAUGUGCCAAAAGUAUUUGCUCACAGAAACUCCGGUUGGAAAGUUGGCUUGAGCG